AUGUACCCGAGCCCGUACGCUGGCUCCGGCGCUGGAGGGAAGAUCCGGCGCCGCCCGCCGCCCCGCGCCGCCUCCACGCCCUACGAACGCCCCCCCGCAGCCGCCGCCGCGCACCGCCUUGCGGCUGCGGCCGCUGCUGCAGCAGCGGCUUCCGCAUCCUCGGAGCCGGCCGGGGAGCGCGGCGGUGCGAGCGGUGGCUGGGUGUCACGGCUGGUGGACCCGGCCUCCCGCCUCAUCGCGGGCGGCGCCGCGCGCCUCUUCGGCUCGGUGUUCCGCAAGCGCCUCGCCCCGCCGCCGGCCCCGUCUCCGCCGCUGUCGUCGCCUCCUGGAAAAAAUAAUGAGCCAAAACAGGACUUGCCUGAUUCAACACAUGUUGAUUCGUUUCCAAUCCCAGAGGGUGGAAUGGAGAAAGGGAAGAGCAUAGUUGGCACAUCAGAUGACAAAGCAUUGUCUGAAGUAGAGCACUUGUUAAUGCGGAAGACAUUCACUAAGGUUGAGUUUGAUCGUCUUACAGACUUAUUGCGUGCAAGAACCAUUGAGUCUGAUCCACCUAAAUCAAUUGUUUCUCGUGAGGAAAAGAAUGAAGAAAGUAUCAGGAUUGAUGGAAUCGGAGGCUCAGCAUUACGUCAUAUGGAUCUUGAUGAUUCUCCGGCUGUUAAAGGUAAUCAUGGUGCUAGUUCUCCUACAGAACUCGCGAUACAAUAUAUGAGCUCUCGUUAUUCGAGGGAACCCCAAUCAAAUAGUCUGCAGAGCCGAUUGUUUCUUGAGAAUAAAGGUGAAGCAAGCAACAUUGCCAAUGAUAGGAGGUCCGGACCACCAAUUGUUCAGGCACCACUUGAAUUUCGGAAGGAAAACCCUGGUCUCCCUGUAAAUGGCUAUGGGACUUCGGGAUUACGUGGGCGGUCAGCGAUAUAUAGAAUGUCUCGCUCUCCAUAUUUUAAGGGUCAGAACUAUUCCAACGAUUUGAACACGUCUUCAUUGCCCCAACGAGCACAAAGUUUGCAUGUUGGUGGCAGGCAGAUUCUCGUGCAAACCCUCGAGGAAGCCUUCUUACUAGCCAUACAAGUGGUUCUUAUUUCACUGAAGACAGCACAUCCAUUCAGUCUUCGAGCUCAAAAAGACUAUUGGUUGGGAGUAGUCAAUCUCAUGACCCUAGAAUCCGAAAAGAAUGGGGGAGAUGGUAAAUCUAGUGAUAGCAUUCCACCCAUACCUGCUCAAUCAAACAAGAUGGCUGAGAAGAUAUUUGAGCAGCUUAAUAUAAUAGCUCCAUCGCCAAAACAGCAGCAGUCUGUUACUCCGAAUGCUAGUAAUUCUAUGUCAAAGAAACCUGUUUUGCAAGAUGCUGGGCCAAGCAGUAUGUAUAAGUUGUAUAACCAAUCUAGCUCCCUGAAGUUUCAAGAUUUGGAUGGUGCAAAUGGACCCCUUGAUACAAACUUGAAUGGUUCCCUGUUGAAGAAAGACAAGCUAAAUAUAAUAAAAGACGUACCGCCAAAAGCUGCCUUUUCUGAUAGACCUACCCUUUUGGGGAACUCAGUUUCUGCUUCUAAAUCACUGACGCCAGGCUUUAAAAUGGCUGUGAUAGAGGACUCACCAGAGUUGGAUGAUGAUCUGGAGGUCCCUAUUCCAUCAAGUAAGAUAGAGGUUGAAACAACUGAGCAAAAAAUUGAUUCAAAUAGAAAAGAACAGAAGGUUGAACAAAAUAUAUUAGAGCAAAGGGUCGAACCAAAGUUAAAGAGGAACGUUGCUGGUUCUCCGGUUAGUGAACAGCCUGUAGCAUCACUGUCUAAAACUGUCCCUACAUCUGGUGGUUUGCUUUUAUCUAAUGACCCUGGGAAGGCAGUACCCAAUGCUUCUGUGGACAACAAUACCGGUUUUGCAUUCUCAAAUGCACCUCCUGGCACCCGUCCUGCAACUGGUGUAUCAGCAAUACCACUUGCUUCAGUGAAGGACGAUAAACAGACUGGCGCUUCAAAUUCUAUUUUUGGCAUCAAGCAGUCAAUUGCAUCAGAUUCGGAAACAUCAACUGUAGAAAACAAAUCCACACUUGGGCAGAGUGUCACGAAGCUCACAACAUUAGCCAGCACUAGUCCAGAGAGAGGUGAUAAAACAGAAAAAGCAGAAGAUGUAGCUAAAUCAUCGGACAAGGUGUUGCCCUCAGCUGCAUCAACAACAUUGAACGCACCUCUCCAUUUUACUUCUGCGGCAUCUACUUCGAGCCUGAGCAAUGGCUUCUCAUACUCGCCACCAAAGCUCGAAACUGCUCCACCUACUGAUAAACCUGCUAUCAGCUCUGCUGCUUCCACCUCCAUAUUUGCUGUAUCCAGUAGCAGUCCAGCUAUUUCAUCGUCUCCUGCAUUUACAGCAUUUAGUUUUUCUUCCAGCGCUCCGGUUGGCUCGUCAGUGGCAACAUCAGCUAAAUCAGAUGGCACAACUGCUGAGAAUAAGGCAGCUAGCACCAUAUCAUUUGGUAUAGGGGGUGCAAAAGAUGAAGUGAAAUCUGUGGCACCAGAUGCAACCAGCAAGCCAUCAUCGAAACUUUUUACUUCACCUGUGUCAUCAAGUAUUGCAAGCUUUUCAAGUUCAUCCAUCACAUCUACGCCUAGUCUCUCCCCGGUUGCAGCCUCAAGUGAUGCUGCUGGCAUAGCUAUGGCUGCACCAUCUAGUACUUCCACUGCACCAGGUUUACAGUCUGCUUCAACCCCAUCAUUUUCAUUUCCGAGCUCUGGAAACAGCCUUUUUGGGUUCAGCUCGCCAGCCCAAUCUACUGGCCUCAGCACACCAUCAGUUGCUGGUAGUACCUCUCAACCAUCAGCUGCUAGCACACUCUUUGGUAGUAAGCCGACACAGUCAGAGGGAACAAUGCAACAACCAUCCCAGAGUUCAAAACCACGAUCUGGCUCACCAUUCCCGGCCAUGACUCCUGGAGUUGGUGCUUCCUCGUCUGGAUCUGGGACCUUAUCUUUUGGACUUGGAGCUUCCUCGACUGGUUCAGGGACCAUAUCUUUUGGUGUUGGAGCUUCAUCUUCCGCACCUGGAACUUCAUCAGCUUUUGGGGCAGCAGCUCACUCAUCUGGACCUGGGGUUUUCUCUUUUGGGGCAGGAGCUUCCUCAUCAGGAUCUGGGACUGUUCCCUUCGGAGUUGGAGCUGCCUCAUCUGGACCUGGAGCCGUGUCUUUUGGAUCAGGAGCUACCUCGUCUGGGCUCGGGGCCAUGUCAUUUGGAGCAGGAGCCUCCUCAUCUGGACCUGGGAUCGUGUCCUCUGGAGCAGGAGCCUCCUCAUCUGGACCUGGGACCGUGUCUUUUGGAGCAGGAGUCUCAUCUGGACCUGGGACUGUCUCUUUUGGAGCAACAACUUCCACAUCAGGGGCUGGAUUUGGCAAUUCACCAUUUGGAACUGGAGCUACGUUUGCGAACCCAUUUAGCUCUAGCUCAAGUACUGGGUUCACAUUUUCUUCACCUAGCUCUUCUGCUGGUGCAUCAACGGUAGCCACUUCUUCAGGCAGCGGUUUUGCAUUUGGAGCGCAGCCAGCUCCAACGUUCUCAUCUCAACCAUCAUCAGUUUUCUCAUUUACUUCAGCAAACACUAGCAUGAACUCGUCUCCACAGCCUACAUUUGGAAUGACUAAUACCAACACAGCCUUCGGCGUGGCUUCCCCCGGAAAUGAUCAGAUGAACGAAGACAGCAUGGCAGAUGACAUUAGUCAGGCGGCACCUGCGCCGGCGCCAAUAUUUGGUUCUUCAUCAUUUGGACAGCAGAAUAUCUCGCCUGCUGCCCCGGUAUUUGGUGCUCCGGCAGUCCAGCCAGCCGGGGUUUUUCAGUUUGGGGGCCAACAAGGCUCAGCACAGCAGAACCCGUCCUUCCCAGCCGCUGGCAGUCUAGAGUUUCAGGGUGGGAAUUUUUCGUUGGGCAGCGGGGGUGGUGGCGGUGACAAGUCGAACCGAAGGGUGAUCAAGGUCAAAAGGACAACAAAGAAGAGAUAA